GGAUGGCGUUGAUAAGAAGGCGGAGGCGGAACUGAACCAAAACCAAACUUUUCUGGUUAGUUCAGCCGUGAUAAGGUUGCAGUAACUGUAAUGUUAAUCAAGUCACUUGUGGGGAGUGCCUGCACUCUGAUAGGAGCAGCUACAGCGUUAAAGUUUGCAUCUGUGGAAGUGAAAGCCCAGACAGCCGCUCUCCUUCACAGCACGGUGAGGAAAUCCCACCUGGUCCAACAAGCCAACAUGAGGGUCGAACUUCUGCCAGCGCUCAGUGACAACUACAUGUAUCUGCUGAUCGAUGAAGAGUCAAAAGAAGCUGCCAUUGUUGAUCCAGUGGAGCCAAUAAAGGUUGUGGAAGCAGUCAGAAAGCACGGCGUUAAACUCACAACCGUUCUGACCACCCAUCACCACUGGGAUCACGCAGGUGGAAAUGAGAAGAUGGUGAAGCUGAUGCCAGGGCUGAAGGUCUACGGAGGAGAUGACAGAGUUGAUGCGAUAACGAAGAAAGUUUCCCACUCAAAUACCUUCAAGCUUGGAUCACUCAGUGUGAAAUGCCUGUUCACACCCUGUCACACAACCGGCCACAUCUGUUACUAUGUGACUAAAGAAAGCAGCUCUGAGCCACCUGCUGUUUUCACAGGUGACACGUUGUUUGUGGCCGGCUGUGGUAAAUUCUUCGAGGGUACGGCAGAGCAGAUGUACAAAGCCUUGAUAGAAAUCCUGGGACGUCUUCCUCCCGAAACGCGUGUUUAUUGUGGCCAUGAGUACACGGUCAGCAAUCUGAAAUUUGCACGCCAUGUUGAACCGCAAAAUGAAGUCAUUCAGAAGAAGCUUGCAUGGGCAAAGGAGAAGUGCAGCGAUGGAGAGCCAACUAUCCCGUCCACUUUGGCAGAUGAAUUUACAUUUAAUCCCUUUAUGAGAGUGAAAGAGAAAUCUGUUCAAGACCACGUGAAGCAGACCGAUCCCAUUGAAACCAUGAGAAGCCUUCGGAAAGAAAAAGACAACUUCCGCGUCCCGAAGGAGUGAAGUCCACUGUGUUCCUGUUUUUACCCCCUUAAAGCACUGCAAGUUCUACAUUAUUUUAAAGAAUAACUACAACUCAACCUCAACGUCAUUUAAAAUAGAUCCUUUACAUUUACCCCUUGCUGAAUGUACCCAGUUAUACCGCUAUAGACUCAGAUGUAUGAAAUAACUAGAUGUUCUCAUCCUGUUUUAUGAGGUUUGUUUGGCUGAUAGUGAUGGGACUGGUUUGAAGAAUAUAUGGCUUUAAGAGAUGAAUUUUCUGUAAUUUGUAAAUGCUUAAAAAGAUAUUAAUAUAUUGAUGUACUAACAGUUUUCAUUCAGUGUUUAAAUUUGCCCAUUUCAUGUAAGGAACAAUCAGCCAUAUGUGUACAUGGUUUCUGUAAGUGAAUAUCAUAUUAAGUAAUAAUCUCAUUUAAGAUCAACAUUGUUUUACUCUGAUUGCCUUUGUGUUGGUUCUACAUUUGCUUAAAGUCUCAUUUGCGUAAAAUGCAGCAGAACUUAUACUUAAUUUCUCGUUUUAAUUUGAGUGGUUGGUGUCAGCAUUACCGAUUAGCUAUCCUGGAUGUUUGUAAAGCACAAUCUAAAAAGAGCACGGCAUGAUGUUCUUUGGAACAAGCAAUAAAACACAUCUCUUGGAAGAAAGUCAA